AUGUCCAUCUUUUUCAAAGCUCCGUUAGAUAUUGAGAUCAGAUUAGAUAAUGAAGAAUCAAGAAAGCAUGUAGAUGUGAAAACACCACAAGGGAGGAUGGAAAAGUUGCCAAUUUAUAAAGAUGGAGAAUCAGUUAAAGGUACAGUGACCCUUCGAACUAGAGAUGGAAGAAAGGUUGAACAUUUAGGAGUUAAAGUUCAAUUAUUGGGUUCAAUUGAUACCAAUGUAGAUGGAUUGGUGUCUUCUGAGUUUUUAUCAUUGGCAACUGAGUUGGCAGCACCCGCUCAAUUGACUCACCCAGAAUCAUAUCCUUUUGAAUUCAAGAAUGUUGAGAAGCAAUAUGAGAGUUAUAGGGGCAAAAAUGCAAAAUUGAGAUAUUACCUUAAGGUUACUGUUUUGAGAAAGUCUUCUGCCGAGAUUACCAGAGAGAAGGAAUUAUGGGUUUUCCAUUAUAGUGCUCCACAAACACCAGCAGUUACAACUAUUCCAGCAGCAGGUGUGAAAAUGGAUGUUGGGAUCGAAGAUUGUUUGCAUAUUGAAUUCGAAUACUCGAAAUCUCGAUUUUCACUAACUGAUGUGAUUGUGGGACGGAUUUAUUUUCUAUUAGUGAGAUUAAAGAUCAAGCAUAUGGAAUUAUCUCUUAUCCGAAGGGAAACAGUCGGGGCGCCUCCCAAUCAAAUCACUGACAGUGAAACAGUUGUUAGAUUUGAAAUAAUGGAUGGAGCACCAGUAAAAGGGGAAACGAUUCCAAUAAGACUAUUUUUGAAUGGAUUUGACUUAAUACCAACCUAUAGAGAUGUUAAUAAAAAGUUUUCCACGAGGACAUAUCUUUCUCUUGUGUUGAUUGAUGAAGAUGCUAGAAGAUAUUUUAAACAAAGUGAGAUAAUACUUUAUAGAGAACAGUAA